ACAAUCAUAGAUUAAUCCUCUGCCUCUAAUAUUUCGAAAAGCUAGUUUUCUUUGAUCAGAGCAUGGUCGUUAACCAUGCACGAUCCCAUAGGAACCCCAGCUUGCUUUCCGUCUAGAGAUCACCGGAUGCAACCUGAUGAGCCGACCAGUGUAGGCAGGUCGGGGCAGAGCGUUUUUAAGUCAGUGUAUCGAACGAAGCUUGCCGGUGAGUGUCGCUUGAUUACUGUCACAUGGUGUAGGAAUCUUUUACUUCACGGCCUUUCCGUCUCGGUUCAAGGACCGGAUGGGGAUGAGCAUUACAGGUGCAAAAUUGAGCUCAAGCCAUGGUAUUUCUGGAGAAAACAAGGAUCCAAACAUUUCAUCGUGGACGGUACAACCGUGAAAGUGGUUUGGGACCUCAAGGCAGCCAAAUUCAACAGCGAGACCGAGCCGCGAUCAGAUUACUACGUCGCCAUCAUUUGCCAAGACGAGGUCGUUCUACUCUUGGGUGAUCAAAAGAAAAAUGCCUAUAGAAAGAGUGGUUGUAGGCCAUCUCUUAUUGACCCAAUAUUAAUCUCCAGGAGGGAACAUAUAUUUGGCAAGAGGAAGUUCACAACGAGGGUCAAGUUUAGCGACAAAGGAGCCUUUCACGAUAUCUCAGUCGAAUGCAACUCCGACGGGAUCAAUCCGGUACUGGAAAUACGAGUCGACAGGGUACUAGCAGUUCAAGUUAAGCAUCUGCAGUGGAAAUUCAGAGGUAACGAGUCCAUUAAUGUUGGCAAAAAUGGAUUACAAGUUUUCUGGGAUGUUCAUGAUUGGCUCUUCGGUUCAGGUCCGAGACAUGGCCUUUUCAUAUUUAACCCGGUUCCAUCAUCCCCUCCAUCGAAUGAAGAACCUGGUUCUGCAUCAGGAGAUUAUGAUAAUGCAGUAUUGGGUUCCUCCAGGUUCUGCUUGUUUCUCUAUGCCUGGAAAGUCGAAUGAAAGCACAUUCAUCAUCUAUGCAUCAUUUUCUGUUAAUCGAAGGCUUAUUCAACAUGAUUGAGAGGUUCCAUUGGAAACACAAGGGCCCGAAACGAAGCUGGAAGGCAGGAUUUGACAAGCCAGAUUGGAACUUUUCCAAUCAACACUUUCCUAUUGUUUUCUAAUGGUAGUUUUAGUAAUUCUGAAAAAAUCUUGUGUGUAUGGGGAUGAUCAUGAUGAAGAUGUGUACGUGUUUUCCCCUCAAUAUAUGGUUGUACUAGCUUUACAUGUGAUUUACUGUUGCGAGUUGAGAAGAUAA